UUCAAUCAUUCAUUUGACCUUCAAUCGUGUCUGAUACCAAAAUUACAAGUGAGACAAAUGGCUAGCAGCAAACCAAAGGCAUCACUGCCGCAUUUGAAUGCCAGCAUGAGGCCGCACAUGUCCCGGCCCUGUCUGGUGCGCAGCUCUUCGCCCAAGCAGGAGACGGACAAGCGGAAUGGCCUCGAUGGGGACCCAUUCGAGGACUCCAUGGGUGCAGCGGUAACCAAGGGCGUUCGCUGGAAGCUCCCAUACGAUUCGCUGCAGGGCAACAGAGGCCGUAGCAACAAAGGUGCAACUGGCUCACGAACUACACCCUGAGGGCGAAGUUGUCGCCGCUACAGCCGCAUCCAGCGGAUACUGGAAUCAGACCAACUUCGUCGUGCCCAUGGACUAAAAUGUUGGGGAGGUGG